ACGUGCUGAAUCAAUGUUAUUAGUAAAUACACUAGCAGGAGUAAAUUGUACAGAUGGAUUAAGAAUAUUAAUGGUAGAUUUAGGUAUUAUUAAAUCACUUGAUUCUUGUCAAUCUGAGCUAGAAGCUUUGGCAAUAUUACGUGAGAAAUUAGGAAUUCCUGAAAAGAUAAAUCCGGAAGAACAUGAAAAUAGAGUAACCAAUUGGGUAGGAUCUUCGAAGCCAGGCAUUUUUGAUAAAGAGAGGCAAAAAAAAGAAAAGAAAACACGUCAAGACGCAUUAGUCAGACGGUGGAGCCUUAAGGCUAAAAUACAACGGUCAGGGCAGUUAGAGAACAGAUUAAUAGAUGAUUCUUCUCCAGAGGAUGAUAUGUGGCAGCAGUUAGAUCAUACGCGGAAACAUGGCGAGUCCAAUACAGAAGAUGAAGAUGGUCAAGCACCUAGAAAACUUCCAGAAUUGCCUCAAUUAUCAGAUCCAUUUGAUAAACCAAGGCCAAAGAGAAAGGAAAAAAAGAAGAAGAGAAAUAUUGAUGCAGCAGAUCAAUCUACUCGUGUACCAAAUGUUAGUCGUGUAUCUGUUUAUAAAGAAAGUUCUAGUAGUACAUGUACAUAUACAUCAGCAACCUCACAUACUGUUGAAUAUUGGAAAUCACCUAGUACUCUAUCAGAUGAUCUGUUUGAUUAUUAUUCACCUAAUGAUGAAUAUUCAGAAAUUUUUUCAAAUGAAGAGAGUGUACCAAGUUUUAUAGAUGAAUCUGCAGAGGCUUCAACAAAACGUGGUUACUACAAACCUAGAGCGGCUGAUGGACGAAGAGAAAAAGCUCAGUUUCAAGCUGGCCCUAGUGAAAGAUUAAAAGAAUAUGCUAAACUUAAUCGAUGUAUAAAAGAAGAUAAAGAUUUCUUGAAAAAAGCAUUGAGUAGCGAAUCACCAGAAUCAUCUGAUCAACGUAAUAUAUUAAAGGAUAAAGAUUUCUUGAAAAAAGCAUUGAGUAGCCAAUCACCAGAAUCAUCUGAUCAACAUAAUAUAUCAAAGAUGUAA